AAUAAUAAUUCCUAGCAACGAAGCAACAACCUCCAAAGCCCCCCCUCUUCUCUCUACCACAAUCGCUUUUUCCCUACGCAGCGUUGUAGAGAGAGAGAGAGAGAGAGAGAGAGAGAGGGAGAGGGAGAGGGAGAGAGAGGCCACCCCGCCCCUACUAGCGAGUUUUCGCCGGCGUUUGGUUCCCGGCGAGCGGUGCCCGGAGUUAGGUUUCUGGCGAGGAGUCGCCGGAGUUAGGUUUCCGGCGAGAGGUCGACGGCGUCGUACGGACACAUGCUGUGCAGGUGCUUCUAGUUGAGGUGAUAAGUUUGUAGCUAGCUUGGCAACCAAAAUGCUGACAAAACUGAGUCGCGACCAUCCAAUUAAUGCAACUCCAUUUGAAGCCUUCUAUCUUGGAUCUUGGCACGGGGUAGAUCAUAUAAGCAUCAAGAGCGGGAGUAUUUUUGUCCAAUUGAAGUAUGAUGGAGUUACAGUGGAGGAUAAUAUUCAUGGUGAUUGUUUGCGCAUACGAUCAAGAAGAGCAAAUGCAGUUGACUGUGCAAACUUUCUGAAGGCCGGUGUUGAUGUUUGUGUGCUUUCGGCUCGACCAGUCGCAGCAAGUUCAGAACAGCAAGCGCCAGCACCUGUGCAUUUAUGGCGCGAUGCCAAAAUCAGCUCAGUCAAGCGGACCCCGCAUGGAGACCGGUGCUCCUGUCUAUUUUCUGUUGUCUUUUACAAAAAUGAUCCCCUCAUGAAAAAGUCAAUGACUGAUAGAAGGCCCGAGGUUGUUAUGAUUGAUAAUAUCUCCAUACUGCAAAAGCUACAAAGUGAGCCUAAGGAAGACGGAUACUAUAUAUGGAAUUCGACCGAAGACUGUAUCUCUUCUAACAAAAGCAAACUCCUAACUGACACGGUUUCAUGCGAAAUUUCAUGGCUUAUCAUACUAUCUACUCUUAAAAAAAUGGAUUUUGAGGUCAAGUUGGUGGAGAACAAGAUAGUUUAUCAGAUCACCGACAAUGACCAAAGCCUUCCCAGUACUUCGAAUUCUUGUGAGACUGUAAAGAUUGUGCAUUUUCGAAGGCGCGAUGAUACUAUGAGACCCAAGAUUGAAACCCUAAAAGUUGUUGCUCCUAAAGAAAUGACUUCGGAAAAAAAAGAUUUGGAGGUGGCUGUUAUUGAAAAUAAGGUGGAAGAUGAUUCAGAUGUCGAGAUUCUAUACAACCGGACAAAUUUGAGGCGUUCUAAACGUUUAAAGGUAGAGCCAGAUCGGUUUACUAGUUACGACUCUCCAAAUUUUGGCAGGUUUACUAUUACUGAUACGGAUGAUGAUUCAGACGGAGAGAUGCAAGAGGCCCUACUAGGAUCUAGUUUGCCCUUACUUGAAUACAAACCCAUUUCAGAAGUGCAGGAGAAUGAAGUGGUAAUUAGCAGCUCACAGAGAAUAUCACAUGGUGGAAAUUUGUUGACAUAUGAGCGGCGCCAUUUUGGAGCUCGACUGCAUCGCAAAAAGAGCAAACACAGAAAGAAGCGAUUUACUACAACAGAGUGCAAGGAAUUUAUAGACAAGUGCAUAGGAAAUAUAAAAUGUGAGAUCGACAAAAAGUCUGAACCCUUUGCCCAAAAGACAGCAAAUCAACCAACAGCUGAUUUAGAGGAGGAAGAGAAUUUCAAUUGGUCACCAUCUAGGGAAAUUCAAGUGGAGGAAGAAGAGCAUGCAGAACUAUGGAAAGAAAUGGAGCAUUCUUUAAUGACGCUUGCCCUUCUUGAACAAAAGCAGGUAUUAGACUCAGAAUUACCAGCUAAAAAUUCUGAAAGAGAUGAACAGCAACAGUGCCAACAUGAGUACAUGCUGAAUGAGCAAACUGGAUUAAUCUGCAGGUUAUGCAACUUUAUAUGCACUGAGAUAAGAUAUAUUUAUCCACCAUUGUUACGCACAGAUGGCCGUCUCACAUUAAGAGAGAGAGUUGACGUGGGGCCCUUUCAGUAUCAUGAUUUGGAAAUUGAUGCAUUUCGCAAAUACAUUUCCUCAUGGGACAUAUUACAAGCCGAAGGCUGUAAGGAUAUAUGGAGCUCUAUACCCGAUCUUAAAGAAGUGUUGCAUUCCCACCAAAAAAGGGCUUUUGAAUUCAUAUGGAGAAACGUUGCUGGCUCUUUAGAGCCCGAAGAAAUGAACCACCUUUCAGAUAAUACUGGUGGUUGUGUAAUUUCACAUUCACCGGGCUCGGGAAAAACCCUACUCAUAAUUUCAUUUCUCAGCAGCUAUUUGACUCUAUACCCAAGAAGCCGUCCUUUAGUGCUUUCUCCCAAAACUGCUGUCCAUACAUGGCGAAAGGAGUUUCUAAAGUGGAGAGUUCCAAUUCCAUUGUAUUUAAUCCAGCAAGACGAAAGUUUUAGGAAGGAAGUUGAGGACCGAAAAACUACUUCCUUUUCUCGCAGACCAAAUCGAAAAAUGUCGCGGAUUAUGGAUUCUUUGGAAAAGAUUCGGCGGUGGCACGAGCAGCCAAGUGUUCUUCUUAUGACUUACUCAUCCUUCUUGAUGCUGACAAAAGAAGAUACAAAGGUUGAGUAUAAGACAUUUAUGGCAAAUGUUUUGCAAAAUAGUCCUGGGCUUUUAAUUCUAGAUGAAGGUCACAACCCAAGAAGCACGAGGUCAAAGUUGAGAAAGUUGUUAAUGAAGGUGAAAACUGAAUUUCGAGUUCUUCUAUCUGGAACACUUUUCCAAAACAACUUUGAAGAAUACUUCAACACUUUAUCUUUAGCUAGGCCUCGCUUCAUUGGCGAUGUUUUAGGCGCACUAGAUCCCCGUAUGGUUUCUCUUUCCAAAAGCAGGAAGCGAAAGCUCUUAUCGAAGAGCAUAGCUCGUAAGGAGAUCAUAGCGAGAAAACUCUUUGUGGAAACAGUUGGGCAAAAGAUUGAAUCUAGCGAAGAACAAGAAAGAAAGAAAGGUUUCGAUCUGUUGAACAGAGUCACUGGUGGGUUCAUUGAUGUUUACGAAGGUGGAAAAUCAAACAUGCUUCCUGGAUUGCAAAUAUACACGCUUUUCAUGGCAUCUACGGAUAUCCAACAAGAGAUUUUGACACGACUACAAAACCUAGUAAAAACUCAGAAAAGGUAUCCUCUUGAGCUGGAAUUACUUAUCACAGUUUGUUCGAUCCACCCAUGGCUUAUAAAGACGGUAGCUUGUGUAGACAAUUUCUUCAGUCAGGAAGAGCUAGACAAAAUCGAGAAAUAUAAGGGAAAUUUCAAUUGUGGUUCCAAGGCAAAGUUCGUGAUCGAUCUCGUGCAUAAAUCCACUCUUAGAGGGGAGAGAGUAUUGGUCUUUUGUCACAACAUCUCCCCCAUAAAUCUACUGGUGGAGUUGUUUGAACUUGUAUUUGGAUGGCGGAGAGGGGAGGAAAUUUUAGUACUUAGGGGCGAGCAGGAUCUGUCAGUUCGAGGCCAAGUAAUGGACAUGUUCAACGGGGACACUGAAUUUAGAAGAAAAGUAUUGCUUGCUUCAACAACUGCUUGUGCGGAAGGAAUAAGCUUGACGGCCGCUUCGAGAUUGGUGAUGCUUGAUUCGGAAUGGAACCACUCGAAGACUAGGCAGGCGAUUGCUAGGGCAUUCCGGCCGGGCCAGGAGAGAAUGGUGUAUGUUUACCUUCUACUGGCGUCGGGGACAUGGGAGGAGGGUAAGUAUCGAAGUAAUAAUCGGAAAGCUUGGAUGUCGAAAAUGAUUCUUCUCGGCCAAUUCAUCGAUUAUUCCUCGUCGAGGCCGGUGGAGGAGAUUGGUGAUGAGCUGCUCAAAGAGCUGGUGGAUGAAGAUGAGAACAAAGCUUUCCAUAUGAUUAUGAAAAAGGAUUGAUUUUUAGAAUGGUUUUUGCUUUUUUGGGGAACUACUGUGACAUUGUCUAUGAGCAAGAAACUGCCGUAACUUCUUUUCUGUAAAAAUUGAUGGUACAGUCAAUAGGAGGUCAAAUCUAACUUAUGUUUUAAUGUA